AUGUCGGAGGAGAGUGAUGCAUCCAAACUAGGCUCCAAGCUACACAAUCAAGCAAUGAUGGGGGAAUUCCAACGCAUGCUUAGGGAAUCUAUGGCAUCACUACACCAACGGAUGGACCGCUUAGAGCUUUCUCAAGCUCGGUCCAACGCAGCUCAUCGAGAUGCACCACCUCACGAGGAGUUCGCUUCUAAUAGCGAGGAAGAUGACUUCAUCCGUCGGCCUAAGCAGGACUACCGGAGGACCGAUGACGGAUUAAAAGGAGUCAAGAUCAAGAUUCCCGCAUUCCAAGGCAAGUCUAGUCCGGAGGCUUACCUAGAGUGGGAACAGCGAAUCGAGAUGGUAUUCGAGUGCCAGGACUACACCGAUGAUCAAAAAGUCAAACUGGCAACUCUCGAAUUUACCGAUUACGCUAUUGUCUGGUGGGAGCAGGAGCGCACUAGCAGGCGCCGCAAUAGAGAACAACAAAUUAGUACAUGGGAGGAGUUACGGACCACUAUGAGGAAACGGUUUGUACCGAGCCAUUACUAUCGUGAUCUAUAUCAACGGCUCCAGACAUUAGUCCAAGGAAGCCGUACUGUGGAGAACUACUAUAAGGAGAUGGAGAUCACCAUGCUCCGAGCUGAUAUUGUGGAGGAUGGAGAGACUACCAUGGCAAGAUUUCUCAACGGCUUAAGACCUGAGAUCACCGAAUUGGUGGAGUUGCAAAACUACGUGGACAUGCCUGAGCUAAUUGAUAAAGCAUCCAAGAUCGAGAGGAGGCUUAAGAGGAGGGGUAACACUCGUACCCCUAUCUUCUCGGCAACGCCUGCGUGGAGAGGCAACCCGACCUUCGAGCGGGAACGGCCUAGUCCAGGGGUGUCCAAGUUUACUCCUCAGACCGAACCACCCAAACCAGCCCCAACGGCAAUUCCAAGGCCUCCAUUCGACUCUUCCAAGCCACGAAGCCGCGACAAAUGCUUCAAAUGCCAAGGAUUUGGGCACAUUGCUUCUCAAUGUCCUAAUAGGCGUACCAUGAUUGUCCUACCGAGCGGAGAUGUCGUAUCGGACGAUGAGGAUGAAUUCGCCGAGAUGCCUCCAUUGACUGAUGAAGGUGAAGAUUCUGAGGAGGAGGUUGAGGCCACUACCGAGCAAGUGGGUGUUGCUCUAGUAGCCCAUCGGGCUCUUGCAACCCAAGUCAAAAAGGUGGAUGAGGCCCAACGUGAUAACAUCUUCUACACAAGAUGUCAUGUCAAGGAUAGAGUAUGUAGCCUCAUCAUCAACGCGGGUAGUUGUACAAAUGUGGCAAGCACUCUCAUGGUGGAUCAUCUUUCCUUGCCCACAUUAAGGCACCCUAGCCCAUACCGCUUGCAAUGGCUCAAUGAGAGUGGCGAUAUCAAGGUCACCAAGCAGGUGGUAGUGUCUUUUCGAAUUGGGAAGUAUGAGGACGAGGUGCACGAAGACCAAUUGCGAUUGCAACAAGAGCAUGAACGAGAGUUGUCCAAGAAGUCAACCGAUUCUACAGCAUUCACUAAGGCACCAAUCGAGAGGACAUCUAUCCCUGGAACAUCUGGUCGAAUGGAGAAACGGCCCAACUUGCUUGCCAAGAACAGGGAAGUUCGCAAGUUACUUUUGUCUAAGCAAGAAUUUGAGGACGUUUCCCCAGGCGAGAUUCCAAGUGGACUACCCCCACUUAGAGGGAUCGAGCACCAGAUAGACGUCGUCCCUGGAGCAGCUUUGCAGAACAGACCGGCCUACAAGAUGGGUCCUGAAGAGACUAAGGAGAUCCAGAGGCAAGUGGACGAGCUCUUAGAAAAAGGUUGGGCUCAAGAGAGCAUGAGCCCAUGUGCAGUUCCUGUCAUCCUCAUUCCAAAGAAAGAGGUUUCAAUUUGA